CAAUUCAUUGAACUUGCAUGUAUGAUGUAUAAUGCAUCUCUUUCUCCCCCACACCUUCCAAAUUCCUUGUAUUUGAAUUAUGCAUUUCCCCUCAUUAUUAAUUUUUUUCCUUUUUUUAAUUAUACCCAAACCCAAUACACAUUUUUUAUGGACCCACUUUCCUCUCUUCCUAAACAUUGACGACAUAAAAACACAUUCACAACACCAAACCUUCCAUUGUAGCAUCCUUCUUCAUUCCUUCAUUUUCCCCCUUUUUUCCCUUUUUUAGGGUUUUCUUCUUCAUGCUUCAUUCUUUCAUUUCAUGAAUUUUGCAAACCCACAAUUCUCAUUGAUCGUUGCUGUUUUCUUGGCUUUUGGGUUAUUGGGUUUUAAUUCUGGUGGCUUCUUUCACUUCUCAAGUUCCCAUCUUUUUUGCCUCUUUGAGGUUAUUCUUCAGCUUUCAUCAUGUCUCAAAUCUUCAAUUACAGUGGAAAUGAUGAUUUUCACCAUGGGGGAUCAAUAUACUCAAACCCCAAGGAAGCUGGUAGCUUUUUGUCCCUUGGUAUUGUUAACCAUGUGGAUGUAUACUUCCCUAACAAAAGGGCUAGGAUCAGUGCCCCUUUUGUUUCUGGGGGAGACUUUUUAGAGCAGAAAAAACAAGUUUCUCUUGAUCUUCUCCCAGAUGAGUGUUUGUGUGAGAUCUUCAGGUGUUUGCCCGGAGAUCAAGAAAGGAGUUCUUGUGCUAGCGUCUCUAAGCGCUGGCUAAUGCUCGUGAGCAGCAUCCCGCGCAAGGAUCUAUGCAACAAGAACAAGGUUGUUGAUGGGGAUGAGGAGAUUGAGAGCGAUGGGUUUCUUACGAGGAGUUUGGAGGGUAAGAAAGCCACCGAUGUUAGACUGGCGGCUGUAGCUGUAGGCAGUGGUGGUUGUGGUAAAUUGGGUAAGCUGAAUAUCAGAGGAACGAACUCUGUUCGUGGCGUUACUGACCUUGGUUUGAAGGCUGUUGCUCGAUGCUGCCCUUCACUUAAGAGUCUUUCCAUUUGGAACAUUUCUUCCGUUGGCGAUGAAGGUCUUGUUGAGAUUGCGAAUAGAUGCGAUCGCCUUGAGAAACUUGACCUUUGCAACUGCCCAUCAAUUACCAGCAAGGCCUUGAUUGCGAUUGCGCAGAAUUGUUCGGGUUUGACCUCAUUGAGUAUCGAGGGUUGCCAGUCUAUUGGUGAUGAAGGCUUGCAAGCUAUUGGGAAGUUCUGUCCGAACCUCAAAUCCAUUACCAUCGUGGACUGCUCACUUGUUGGUGAUCAGGGUAUUGCAAGUUUGAUGUCAUCGGCCUCGCUUGUCCUCGUCAAGGUGAAGCUUCAGGGUUUGAACGUCACCGACCUUUCUCUUGCUGUGAUCGGUCACUAUGGAAAAGCUAUCACUGAUCUUGCCAUAUCAAAUCUUCAAUAUGUGAAUGAAAAGGGUUUCUGGGUCAUGGGUAAUGCCCAGGGUCUUCAUCAUCUCAAGUCGUUAACCAUUUCGUCAUGCCGAGGAGUCACAGAUGUUGCAGUCGAAGCUGUCGCAAAAGGUUGUCCCAAUUUGAAACAAUUUGUUCUAAAGAAGUGCGCUUUCUUGUCGGACAAUGGCUUUGUAUCUUUUGCCAAAGCCGCAAGGUCUCUCGAGAGCCUACAAUUCGAAGAGUGCCACAGGAUCACCCAAAUCGGGUUUUUCGGUCUCUUGUUGAACUGUGGUCCUAAGUUGAAGGCUUUAACUAUGUCUAGCUGCUUCGGUUUUAAGGACAUGAUUUUGGGGUUCCCCAUUCCAAACCAAUCCACCCCACUUCGUUCCGUAACAGUCAGCAACUGCCCCGGGCUUGGGGACAUGACCUUAGCCAUGAUGGCAAUGUUAUGCCCUCAUUUGCAAUCUAUCAACUUAAAUGGACUUCCGUCCAUCACCGAUACCGGUCUUCUCUCGCUCGUCGAGAGCUGUGAUGCGGGUUCUGGCCUUAUCAAAGUUGGUCUUUCCGGCUGUGUUAACGUGACUGACAAAGUUGUGAUGGCGUUGGUGAAAUAUCAUGGCGGAACCCUAGAGGUGCUAAACCUCGAACGCUGUGGAAAGGUUACUGAUGCAAGCUUAAUGGCUAUUGCUGAUGAUUGCCUUUUGCUCAAUGAACUUGAUGUUUCUAAGUGUGCCGUUACUGAUUCUGGUGUUGCAUCUCUCGCUCGCUCAAAGCAGCUGAGCUUGCAGAUCCUCUCUCUAUCUGGGUGCUCGACGAUCUCAGACAAAUCCCUACCUUUCUUGUCGAAGUUGGGUCAGUCUCUUAUCGGACUCAACAUCCAACACUGCAACUCAAUCAGCACCACUGUCAUCGACAUGCUUAUGGAUCGGCUUUUUAGGUGCGACAUCCUUUCCUAAGAGCCAAAAACAUUCAAUUUGAUAGUCGGGGAUUUCAAGUAGCCUCAGAAGUACAUUUUAGCACGAUUCGUUAUAGGUUCCGUCUUUAGUUUUUUGGGUCCAUCAAUUUCGAAACAGCCUUACGUUUUGCUGGAGACACGGCCGAUCGUACCCUCUUUUUGCUGGUUUCCUUAACAUAGGAAAUCUGUUGUUGAUCGGUCGUAGAAGCCUGAGAACAUUACUGCUUUCCGGGUUUAAAAGAUUCAGCCUUUGUCCAUCUUUUGCUGGGUUUUGGACCUUCAUUAAAAAAACCGAAAAAAAUCUUUUAGCUCGACCAUAGGUUGAGUUCAUCAUGUUAAUGUUUUUAUCGAGUCUUAGUAUCAGUUUUUACCAAGUCGUCCAUGUCCGAGCAGUAUAGGUUCCGAUAGUGGGUGUUGGUCGCUGGUCAGCGUUUGUAGUAAUACCGUUGCUUAUGGAAGUUCGAAAUAUGGUGACCUUGUUUCGUUCGAAGCUUUGGCUAUGGCAGUUGUUUCAUUAGCUAUAGCUGCCAUUACAAUCCUCCAUUUUUAUAUGGUUGUGAUUGUUUUUUUUCUAAGUUUUGCCAAACUUCAUUUUUACAGGCACCUUUUGUAUGGACUUGUAUUUUGCAACAGCUUUUCAUGUAAGAAAUGAUUAUGAAUAAAUUGUUAAAUCUCUAUUAUAUGGUAUUUAUGAUAGUUAUUUGCUUAAAUAUGUUAUUUAUCUAUUGUAGUUCCAAACUAAAUACAUUUAGCCAAACAUUUCGAGUACUAUAGAAGAA